AUGAAUUCGUCUACCCUGCCAUCCCCACCGACCAAGGUCUUAAUGCUCCAUGGCCACGGACAAUCAGGACAAUUCUUCGAAAGCAAAACACGCUUCUUGCAACCGUAUUUGAAAGACGCAAUUCUAAAAGCCUCACAAUCUGACAAUACGUGUACCUCGGACUCGGUUGAGCUAUACUAUGCCUCAGGAGUCCUACCCGGAAACCCGGAUCAAUGGGAAAGCGAUGAUACACGAGUCUGGGGAUAUGGAGAUCCCAAGAAAGGUCGUAUCCAAUGUUUGGAACAGUCUAUAAGCUACUUGUUGGACAUUCUCGAGAAGCACGGGCCGUUUAUGGGGGUGGUUGGAUUUUCAUCUGGGGCGUCUUUGGCAGCGGUCGUCACGUCUAUUCUUGAAAAGCGGAAGUCGGUUGGUGGGUUCAAUUUUGAUAUUACACAUCCGCCGUUCAAGUUUGCUGUAUGUUGCAGCGGAUUCAAACUCGGCGAUUCUUCGUAUAAGGACUUAUAUAGUCCUAGGAUUGAAACCCCAAUCCUUCAUGUCAUUGCGCUUAUGGAUAAUGUUGUAGAACCCAAGGAGUCUAGGCAAUUGGCGAGGUUCUGCAGUAAUGCUACAUUAUAUUCAUUUUUUGGAACGCAUUAUGUUCCGCGGUCACCUCAGUUUGUCGGCAGAUUAGCGGAUUUUAUCAGAGGUGCCUUGGUUCUGAGAGAUAGCGAUGGAGAAUGGGAGGACUGUUAA